AGCCGAAGAUGGCACAACCUGAAAGCACAGUCAUAAACACCGAAGUGAAACAGAAAGACCCCAGCAAGGCACUGGUCAUUGCGGUGACCACCAGAGCCAUCUUCAACCUGGAGGAGGAGCACAAGCUCUACCUGGAGAAGGGCAAGGACGAGUACACAAGGCACCAGCAGGCCAACCAGGACAAGCCCCUGCCACCAGGCACAGCCUUUGCCUUCAUCCAGGCAGUGCAGUAUGUGAACAAGAAGAUUCUAGAGAGCAACCCCUCAGAGAAGGACCUCUUUGACAUCCUGGUGCUCUCCAACAACAGCCCAGAGAGCAGUGUGCGCAUCAUCAACAGCGCCAAGCACUACGGCCUGGAGAUCUCCAAGUUCUGCUUCGUCAGUGACGAGGACUCCACACAGUACCUGAAGUCCCAUGGGGUCAAGCUCUUCCUCUCAGCUGACAGGACAGAUGUCUGCAAUGCCCUCCGGAGAGGGGUCUCGGCAGCGCUUGUCUUCCAGCAGGAGGUGCAGGCCCCCAGCACCCUGCUCCGCGUGGUGUUCGACGGGGAUGCUGUGCUCUUCUCCGAUGAGACGGACCAGGUCUUCCGGGAGCAAGGGCUGGAGGGGGCAGUGCAGUAUGAGCGGGUGAUGGAGGCUGUACCCCUGGGAGAGGGUCCCCUGAAGGCUUUUGCCAUGCACCUUGGGAAAAUGCGCAAGAAGUUCAGCCAGGAAGAAUCCCCAAUCCGCACCUACCUGGUGACUGCCCGCAGUGGCCGGGACAUGGGCAUCCGAGCCAUCAGGACACUCCGGGAAUGGGGUCUGGCCAUCGACGAGGCUUUCUUCAUGGAUGGGGCUCCCAAGGGCCCCAUCCUCACCCAGAUCCAGCCCCACAUUUUCUUUGACGAUGGGCUUCAUAACAUCCAGGGGGCUCAAAAUGUGGGUGUACCCUCUGCUUGGGUCCCCUCCUGCUGCUGA